UGCGAAACCAGUGAAGCAGUGAAGUGAUAAAUAUUUUCCAAUUCUUAAUUGAUUAAGUUGUGACUCCGUUGAGCUUAUUUUAUGUACUGCAAUAGAAAAAAGAAUAUUUUCAUAUGAAUCUUAAAUAUGGAAGCCCUGUAUUUCCAAACAAACAGUAUAAUACAGGAAACACAGCAAUGUUUUCAGCAGCUUAACAAUGUACGUGGCGGAGACACAGGAUCAGUCGAAGCAGAAAUACAAACGAAGCUCACGGCGGUGAGUGCUAACUGUGACCGGCUAGAUGUUCUGCUGUACAAAGUUCCCGUGGCGCAACGGCCGAGCACCAAAAUGCGAGUUGACCAGCUCAAGUAUGAUCUGCGUCAUCUGCAGGCCGCCUUGAGGUUGUACCAGGACAAGAAAGCUCGCCGCGAGUUGGAGCAUGCCGAACGGGAAAGCCUACUGAACAAACGGUUCACGGCCAAUUCGGAUACCUCGAUCGACAUAGACUACUCGCUGCAGCAUAACAAUGCGAUGCAAAACGCUCACCGAGGUGUCGACGAAAUGAUCUGGACCGGCAGCAGCAUACUGGACGGCCUGCGGAAUCAGCGGGAAACGCUGAAGGGCGCCAGAAAGCGAAUCAUGGACGUCGGGAAUACGCUCGGACUGUCCAAUCAAACGAUGAAAAUGAUCGAACGUCGUCUGGUUGAGGAUAAAUAUGUGAUGAUCGGAGGAAUGAUUGUGACAUUGUUAAUUAUUACGGUUAUUAUUUACUUUUUCGUAUUUUAGGGACGCAUUAAAGCGAUGCAUGAAACAUAUUAAAAAAUCUAAAUGGCCUUAGAAGCUUUGCAACACUCUAGCAAAUAUUAAAUUCUU